AUGGCAAACCUGUUUGACAUCAACUUGGUAUGCCUUGAUGGAGGAGAGCACUUUGUGGGUGAUGGAGAGACGCAUGCGGAUACAGCGGGGGCAGCCGACUUCAUCAGAACACCGGUAUCUGGGAAUGAUCACCUAGACGCGGUGGGAGGCGGGGUCGUGGAUUUCGAUUUGGACGAUGAUGGCGCAAACAGCGCCGAGGAGGACAUGAACAUACGUGGAGGGAUAUCUGACAAUGAUAGUGAUGACACAGCUCCAGCGGUAGAAGAAUCGCCGAAGCGAGACUGUGCCAAGUAUGCAUUGAAACAAGUUAGGGACGUUGAUCCAAGGAUAUUCAAACACGGCUCCGCUGACCGCCGACAGCAACGCCGUGGUAUGGCGGGGAUCGCGACGCUCGCGGCCGAGGCCUUCGCCGCGAGCGUCGCGCGCUUCCACGCCGAGGCCGCGGCCGCGCGCGAGGCGGCGGCCGAGGCGCCGCCGCCCGGCGCGGGCGACGUGCGGCUCGAGCGCUACAACGCCGCGAGCCGACUCUGGCACACGCUCGCGGCCCCGGCCGCGCCGCCCGCCGCGGCGGGGGCGGAGCGCCCCGCCGCCGAGGUCGCGCGGCUCGAGGCCGAGCGGCGCGCGGCCGAGGAAGCCCGCGGCCGCGCGUUGCCGCCGCCCCCCGAGCCCAAGGACGACGCGCGCGACGCGCGCGACGCGCUCAAGGCGCACGGCGAGGCGCCCGUCGACGACGAGGCCGAGGCGCCCGUCGAACUGCCCGAGCUGCCCGUCCAGGACGACGACGCGCGCGACGCGCGCGACGAGGUCGUGGCCUGGGUCCGGGCCCACGCGGUGUCGGGCACGAGCAACACGAUCAAGGAGAUCUACGCGGCCGUCGCGGACCGCUUCGGCGUCGAGCUCACGAAGCCGUGGAAGAUGCUCAUCAAGCGCGUCGUGACCGAGGCGCUCAAGGACGACGACGACGACGACGACGACGACGACGACGACGAGGCCGGCGAGGCGCCCGUCGAGGCGCCCGACGACGACAUCGACGCCUACGACGACGACGACGACGACGCCUACGAGGAGGACGCGUCCGUCGAGGCGCCCGACGAGCGCGGCGUGUCCGGCGAGUCCGGCGACGACGACGACGACGACGACGGCCUUAAGAUCUACGACGAUUGCGACGACGACGACGACGACGCGUCCUUCGACGAGCCGGAUCUGGAGCCCAAGCCCAAGCACAAGCAGACGCGGGACGACAGCGUGCCCUGGCGCACGACGAAGACGUGGACGGGCGGAACGUUCGACGAGAAGGCGCUGGACGACCACCUGGAGCUGCUCAGCGAGGACGGCUCGGAGUGGACCGGCGGGGGCGGCUACUCCCAGAAGUGCGGCGACCGGAUCAUCUACAAAAAGUGCAAGUGGGAGAAGAAGCUCAAGUGCCCGUGCAAGGUCCGCAUCGUGCACCCGGCGGACCAGCCCGGCGUCACCUAUUUUCAGGAACGCCUGGGCCACGUGCACAACUUCGACGACGAGAUGAAGACGUCCACGACGCUGCCGGCCACUAAACCCAAAACAAUAGGGAUCCUAAUAGACGGAGAGUCUUCCUGGACCUAG